CGUCACUCGUUAUUUAUUCAAAAGUUAUUAACAAAAGAGAGCUGGUUCCUUUAAUCUGGACAUUUGUCCAUAAUUUUCUAUAGAAAAGCGAAAGUUUUAAUUUUAUUGGAAAAUCUAUUGUUGAAAGCAGGUUGGUAAUUUUUGGACAUCUUGUUAUACGUAAUAUGGUAUGUAGUGCUCGUGUCAGCUGAUUUGUUACAAAAGCGCCGGCCAUGUAGCGUGGUGCGUUGAUGCGUUCUUGCCUUGUGCACGAUCUCCGCAUUGCACAAUAUUUUUUUGGCAAUACCGAUGUGAUACCUAUCCGAAACGAAAUAACAUCUAUAUCACAUUUAUUCGGAAGAAAUUGUGCGAUUAAACGCGAUGAGCCGACAAGCAGUCCUGAAACUUUACAAGGAUAUUCUGAGAUACGGGGAAACUUUGAGGUUCACCAAUAAAAAGUACUUUCAGUACCGGAUACGAACGGCCUUCAAGGAUAACAAAGAUUUGAUGGACGAGGAAACGAUAGAUUUUCAACUGAAGAAAGGUAUGCAAUUCUUGAAAGCUAGAAGAGUGGUGUAAAUCAUUACAAAAA